UCCUUUCAGAGAUCUUUCCCUGUCUUUUAAUGCUGUAGUGAACUUUCAUAAGAAAGGGGUUUUCUUUUUAUUUUGAAACUUGUUGCCUUUAAUUCUCUAAUUCUUGGCAGACCAAUGACUUUGCUUCAUUCUUAAUUUCUUCCAAGUACUUGAAGGUAAGGAGUGAGGAGCAUUAAAAGAAAGAAACCUUUCUCUCUUUUGUACAAAUUAACACUUUUUCAAUUCUUAUCAUCUUUUAAUGGCACAAUAUAUAGUAUUCUUUGGAUUGAUGGCCUUUCCAAACUGAGAGAGCAAAACAGCAAACCUGCUUGAAAGUUUGAACCCUCCUUCAGCAGCAGAAAACAGUAUAUGAAAAAAGGAUCGGCUGAGGUUCUUGCUUUUGGUUAAAUCAUGAAGCGGCUCAGUUCCUCAGGUUCCCUGGAUCAGGAUGCUUUGAUUUCCAUCUCUCCACCCAAAGAGGAGAAGAAUUCAAAGAACAAGCAAUUUUACAGCAGGGAAUUCCAGGCUAUGUUGGAUGGUUUAGAGAAGGAAGACAGCUUAGAAGAAGCUGGUCAAGCUACAGAGAAGAAAAGGCGAUUGUCUAUAGAACAGGUUAAGGCCUUGGAAAAGUAUUUCGAGGUGGAAAACAAGCUAGAACCUGAGAGAAAGGUGAAAUUAGCAGGAGAAUUAGGCCUGCAGCCAAGGCAAGUUGCUGUUUGGUACCAAAAUCGCCGUGCCCGUUGGAAAACUAAGCAGUUGGAAAAAGACUAUGCAAUCCUUAAAGCCAGUUAUGAUGCUCUUAAGCUCGACUAUAAUAAUCUUGAACAAGAAAACGAAACUUUAACAGCAGAGUUGAGAGAGCUAAAAGCUAAGCUCAAGGAAGAGAAUUCAGAAAGCAGCCACUCUGUUAAAGAAGAUUCUCCAAAAUUUUCACAGCAGACCAAAGGCCAUGAUUUCUGUGACGAUGCUGAUAAUUCCAAUGGAAUCGUUAAAGAAGAAAUCAAUGUCAAUGCUCAGUUAUUGAUAUCACCCUCUUCUUCUUCUUCUUUUCAGUUUAAUGGAUCUUCUUCAUCUUCAGAUUCAUCAAAUCAUCAAUGGUUUCAACCAUUUGACUCAAGAAUGAUUCUGGGUAAUAUGUAUCACCCCCAGUCAGUGAAAGUGGAAGAGCAAUGUAUGUUUACUGCAGAGGAAUCUUGCAAUUUCUUCUCAGUUGAUCAAGCUCCAACUCUUCAAUGGUACUUUACUGGACAGUAAAAACAAUGAAGUCCCUAAAACCAUAAAGCUUUCAAAAUUCUUGGAGAAUGAAUAAAACAGCGUUAAAACUUUUGUUCUUCUACUGUUUUAGAAGAAAAAAAAAUGGUAAUCAGUAUAUGCUUCAACAGUGGCAAUCAGCAAAUGACUGCUGUAAAAUUUAUUUAUAUAUAGAAAAAAUUAUUGUUCCAAGUGGUUAAUCUACUAGAAUGUAAGUGGAGGAUUUCAUAUCAAGCAGAAGUCUUUUCUCAAAUGCAUGUGCUUUAGAGUGCCUGUUUAAUCCAGGGAAUUGGCUGUGGUGAGAAGUGAGGACCCUGUUAGAAAAUUCAAAGAGCAGCAGCAAAAGGCUGGCUUGCCCAAUGUCCAUAUUGGAUGCUGGAUACAUCCCUCCGAGUCCUACCACACAGUUCCUUUCUUUUCAUUUUUUGACUAAAGAUGAUAAUGGA